AUGGCAAAGAUCACAUCUGUGAAGUACUACCGAGUUAAACCUCGGUGGUUAAUGGUCAAGAUCGUUGAUGAGAAUGGUCAGCAUGGAUGGGGCGAGGCCACGUUGGAGGGCCACGAUCUUGCCGUUGAGGGUUGUCUCGAUGAGAUGAUUCCUCGCAUUAUUGGUCAAGAAGCAAAUGAUAUCGAGAAUAUCUGGCAAACCUUUUGGAGACAUAGCUUCUACCGUGGCGGGCCAAUUUUCAUGUCUGCACUCUCAGGAAUUGAUAUCGCGCUGUGGGAUUUGAAAGGCCGCAACCUCAAGGUCCCCAUAUACGAACUUCUCGGUGGGAAGGUCAGAACCAAAGUCCAAGUAUAUUGCUGGAUUGGAGGAGACCGCCCAUCAGAUGUUGAAGCCGCUGCGAAAAAGCGCGUGGCACAAGGCCUGACUUGCGUGAAAAUGAACGCUACUGAGGACUUGGGCUGGAUCGACUCGCCAUCAGCCUUAGACAGCACCGUAGAGCGUCUCAAACAAGUGAAGGCUCUAGGACUCGAUGUUGGUCUUGACUUCCAUGGCCGCUGUCACAAGGCCAUGGCCAAGCAGUUAGCAAGAGCUCUUGAGCCCCAUCGACCUUUGUUCAUCGAGGAGCCCAUCCUUGUUGAGCACCCAGAAGCCAUAAAAAAGCUUUCAGACCAGACCGUUAUUCCAAUUGCCUUUGGAGAGCGGCUAUAUACGCGUUGGGAUAUCAAGCGCUUCUUGGAAGAUUCCAGUGUGGAUAUCCUUCAGCCUGAUAUUGCCCACGCGGGCGGUAUCUCAGAGACGAAGCGCAUUGCUACCAUGGCGGAAGCCUACGACGUGGCUAUCGCACCUCAUUGCCCUCUUGGUCCAGUUGCAUUCGCUGCGUCUGUACAAGUCGCGCUCUCAUCGCCUAACUUUUCGAUUCUUGAGAUGAGCUUGGGGAUGCACUAUAACACUGAGGCUGGGGAUAUCGAUCUCCUCACGUAUCUUAAGGAUCCGGCUGUGUUUGAUCUUGAGAAUGGUUAUGUGAAAGCGCCGACGGGAUAUGGUUUGGGAAUUGACAUUGACGAAGAGAUGGUAAUUAAGAUUGCCAAGGAGACGGAGCCGUGGCAGUGCAAGACUUUCCAUGGUCCUGACGGUAGCAUUCGCGAGUGGUAG